AGGGAGUUCCAGCCAGCGUAUGGCCCCAGGAAUGCCCCCUCCCUAUGCAGGUAUGAGGAGCUCCAUGGGCCCAGGAAUGGACCAGUCUCGCAAGCGCCAUGCUCACCCCUCAGAUGCCAAGAAUAAAGGACAAAGUGCGUCUAUUGGGGGAGGCGGCUCAAGCGGGAGCAGUGCCAGAAAAAAGAAGAAAAUGGCCGACAAGGUACUUCCGCCAAGAAUUCGCGAGCUGGUGCCCGAGUCCCAGGCUUACAUGGACCUAUUGGCAUUUGAAAGGAAACUAGACGCCACCAUUAUGAGGAAGCGACUGGAUAUUCAGGAAGCCCUCAAGAGACCAAUGAAGCAAAAACGGAAGCUACGCGUGUUCAUCUCCAACACCUUUUACCCGGGCAAGCCCGACGCUGAAGAAGAGGAUGCCAGUGUGCCCUCAUGGGAACUGCGAGUUGAAGGGCGCCUCCUAGAGGAUCCAAACGCGCCAAAGUACGAGACUAAACAGAAGCGGAAGUUCUCCUCGUUCUUCAAAAGUCUCGUCAUCGAGCUGGACAAGGAGCUCUACGGACCGGACAACCAUCUCGUGGAGUGGCACCGAACGAACACGACCACAGAGACAGAUGGAUUCCAAGUGAAGCGUCCAGGCAGUGAGAAUGUGAAAUGCACUCUGCUUCUUCUCCUUGAUCACCAGCCUCCACAGUACAAGCUGGACCCACGCCUAGCCCGCCUCUUGGGCGUCCACACCCAGACACGCCCAGUCAUUAUCAACGCCCUAUGGCAGUACAUUAAGACCCAUUCCUUACAGGACUCCCAUGAGCGAGAGUACAUCAACAAUGAUAAGUACUUCCAACAGAUUUUUGAAUGUGGACGGAUGAAGUUUUCUGAGAUUCCUCAGCGACUCCACCCGUUGCUCCACGCCCCGGAUCCCAUCGUUAUUCACCAUGUCAUCACAGUAGACCAGGCCGAGCAGAAGAAGACGGCAUGCUACGACAUCGACGUUGAAGUUGAUGACACCCUAAAGGAACAGAUGAAAUCGUUUCUCCUCUCCACUGCCAGCCAACAAGAAAUUGCUUCUCUCGAUAAUAAGAUCCAUGAGACUGUCGAGACCAUAAACCAGCUGAAGAUUCAGAGAGAAUUCAUGCUGGGCUUUGCCAGGGACCCCCAACACUUCAUCAGCGAGUGGUUGGUCUCUCAGAGUAUGGACCUAAAGACGAUGACGGAUGUGAUGGGCAACCCAGAAGAGGAGCGUCGUAUGGAGUUCUUCUACCAGCCGUGGGCCCAGGAGGCCGUGAGGCGCUACUUCUACAGCAAGGUGCAGCAGCGUCGUGCAGAGCUGGAACAGGCCUUAGUUAUCCGCAACACAUAGUGUGCUAUAAGGUCUCUCUCGGUGUUGUGUUAAGAACAAAACUCAAACCUAAGCCCAAUUUCAUAGAGCUGCCUAAGCAUAACAAGUUGCUAAGUACAACAAAAUUGUGCUUACCAGAAACAGG